UACUUUUUGUUUUUAAAAGAAAACAUUCUGUAUUCACAAUUUGAGCUGUCACUGUAGAACAAUGUUGAUUUGGAACGAUUACGUAAGGAGGGUUUUGGUAUUCAUAAUAUAUCAUGUUGGACUUUUGCACGCGAUGGAACAAGGAGCUGUUGUGAGAAAACGAGACCUUGUUGUUGCUACGACAGGAACACCCGCACCUACAACUCCAGCUACCCCUACUUGUAAAAUAUCAUCUUUAACACUUAUCGGAGAUGAUACAGAAUAUUUUGCCUGCUGCGAGGGAACGACUGUUUCUGGAUCACAAGAAGUUAUAAACUGGGACUGCAAUCCGCUGCGAUUGACUUACGCCAGACUAAACCAGAGUGAAGCCUUCUACUGUGGGGGAAUCAGCGGUGAAGAAAAUGCCAGGAAAAGGUGCGACACGAGAUGGGGAUGGCUCACAGACAAACAUUGCUUUCAGUGGACCGAAUGUUUCAAGGGAGUUUGCAAAUUGGAAGCAGAAAUGAGAGGGUCAUCGGCUGAUGCCUCUUUCUGCGGCGAUGGUCGCUGCGACCCCGCAACCGAGUCGCACGAGGAUUGCCCCACGGAUUGCUGCCCAACGAUCAACGAUGAAUGCUUGGUCCGUAACAACACCUGUCCCGAGCCGUGUUGCUCCACGUCAUCCUGCUGCAAGGAACCGUACAGCGUCUCCAACAUCUGGUUCAUCAUCAUCGGCUCUGUUGUAGGGGUUAUCUUUUUAAUAACAGUCUGUUGUUGCUGUUGUUGCUUCUGUUGCGUUAGGAAAUGCUUACGACAUGCCAGGUCGUCUUCAGAAGUUGUAUGAAUUAAAGCAUGCCGUGGACACUGGUGGAACUUUAGAACAGUUACAGAUGACGUUACAGUCAAGGGCAUAACAAUGAAAACCUAUGCAUUAGUCCAUAUGAACAAUGAUUUAUCACGGUUUGAUGGACUGGUUUGAUGAUUGCCCUCCAAUACGUCUGCUUCUUGGAAAGUUCGAUAUUCGAGUGAUAAUAGCGGGUUUUCGCAAUUGCAACGGGAACGAAAUCUACAACAUAGUAAAUCUAUUGAGAAUGCCCGUCAAAUCACAAUGAACGGCAUAGAGGUCUUUGUCGAAAAUUGGUGAACCGAGACAUUAGAUCGUCCUAAAAUUCUGAGCUGACGAAAAAUUGCAAAAAUAUGUCAUUUGUCCAUGUAGAGUCCAGGACGACCCUGCUGUUUUGAUUCACCGAUUGUCGACAAAGGCUGCUUUGUCAUGAAGGGCUUU